AAUGACUUUGAACGGUUAAGAAAAUGUCUGCUACAAAUCAUGAGUUCGGACAGUGCAAGCCAGUCCAGUUUGGUCUUCUCUAUGGCUAUCCGGUUUUAUUUGUGGAAAGUGUCCGAUAAGUUUUUCGAGGGUCAGAAUGUACACAAAACCGUACAAGUGUUGUUCAAUUUACUCUUGAACGGUGAAAUUGAUUUCGGUGGAUUGUGUGCUGGCGAGUUGCUCAGCGAUCUAUGCACCGAGCCGAACAUAAUGCCUCUCGUGGCCAGUUUUCCGGAGCUCAAGGAAUCUAUCCAAGAAAUAAUGAUUCAAUUGAAAUCCAAAGAUACAUCCCUAUUGCUAAAGCUUCUUCAUCUGCUGUACCGAUUGGCGGAGAAUCAGACCAAUCCGGAAGUAGGUGAAUACAUUCGCAGCUUGGUAUUCUCCGAGUCCACUGGCUCGGUGAUUAACGGUAAUCAGAGAAAUGCACCAAUGGAAGUGGAGAAUGGUGCAACCGAUGAACACGAAUCGGAACCGCUUCAAACUCUGUUCGCAUUGUCUUCCAAUUCGGGCGAUGAUCUAGUCGCAUCGGCCGCUCUGGAUUUGUUGCUUCAAUUAACCACCAAGCUUCCUUCUGAAGGCCCUGAUGUCGCAAUUCAUGAGUUACUGCUUGAACACAUUAUCGAUGGAAUGCGCAAACUCGGUGACACGACCGCAUUCAGAUCAACCGAUACGUUCGGUCCGAGUAUGACAGACUCUGUUCUAUGCGGACGUUUGUUGCAUCUGUCCCUAUUCAUUCGUCUGGCCGAUGAGGUUGUCCGUCAGCUCCAAAAACGUACGACCAGUUCGGAUUCGUUGACCAACAACACCGAGUGCACUUUUCUCACCAAUCCAACCUCCAGUGUCCUCAUCGAUCACCUGUCUGUAUUGUCCGAAUUCAUGCAUCAAAUCUGUGUGAAACAGCUGAAAGCGAAUCCGUUGCUCAAUUUGUUCUCUCGUCCAACCUGUGAUCCGAUAUCCGAGGUCAUGAAUGGGCCUCAGUUUCACAUGGAAAUGAAUUCUUGCAUCGUUUCCGGCUCGGUGAUUCUUGAGGCCAUGGGUUUGAUUCAUUCCGUAGCGGAGUUGCUCAGCACUGUCGUACCAUCAGCAUCUCAGGACGAGGAGGUCUCAGCCACUCAACCCACAGAGGCUGAUGAUGACGGAAUAGUGACACGACUGGGUGAGAAUAAGACCAUUCAGACCGUCGCUCGACAGUGUGGUCAGUCUUUACAAUCCCUGUUGGAGCGCGUUGAAGUGGCCGGACUGUUCGCCCUGGGUUUGUUGACAACCUCACGACAUUUGCACUGUCCCACUGACGUCACGGAUACACCAAGUAGUAUGCCGUUGGGAAUGGGUCCAGUGUCUCGUGGAGCUGUGAUCCGGUUGCUCAGUACUGCAUUGCAUUGGGACGGUUUUGAUAACGAGCGAUUCGUUCAUCAUUUGAAUCGUCUACAACCAGGCAACACGGCUACCGGGACAAAUUUGAACGAGCUGUUAGGGCGAAUCUCCGGUCCCUCGGAGAUGACCCUCCCCGAUACUGUAGCAUCGUUUGAUUCACAUACACAUUCCAGUCCGGCAUUUUUGGCUCGUUGGAUUCACUCCGCUGUAAGUGGAGAUCCCGUAUCGGUCAAUUCGCAGUCCGCUCAAUCUUCUUCGAACAUGCACUCCAGCUUGUUUGAUUCCCCUUCAGCGACUGACAGUGUCUGUGUCACGGACGCGUUGGUGGAUCGUGUGGAUCAAUUUCUUCAACAUUGGGAGAGUGACAAAAAGAGUCGACUAGAGACCUCGAUCGACGCAUCCGAUAUCCUGUCUAUGCUGGAAUACAAAGUCCAAGUGUUCAAAUCCCGUGAGGAUGUACUCGAGGCGAGUGCAUUCGCCAAUGCGGAGGCGUUGGCCAGUGCUCAACGCCUAGCCGAGCACUAUCGACAACGAUUGACCAUGGCUGAAGCCGAAUCUGGUCGUCUCCGCUCGUUACAACUGGACGCGUUAGCUCGCCUCGAAGCGGACAAACGAGUUCAAUUGACCUAUGUAGAACGUUUGAAAAAAACUGAUGCGGAACUGGAGGAUGUUCGGACUCAGUUGAAGCAGCGGACAAAGGAAUGUCAGGAUUUGACCGCGAAAAAUGAAAAUCUUCAGUCUAAACUGACGGCUGCUCGAGAACAAAAUCGAGCCAUGGAUUUGACCAUCGAUGACUAUCGUACCCAGUUAGAUCAAGCGAAGGAGCAAAUCCAAGCACAAACGGCUCAGAUCGCCAAGUUUACCCAAAUCACUCGCCUGAUCAACGACCUAACCGGGAAUCCGGCCGCGGAUGUGACCACUGUGGGUCUAGGCGCAAGCGAUACGGGGAUCAAUACGACCGGGAUCAGCACAACUAACGGGCCCACUCCCGCGGCUGUGACCGGCGGCGGAGAUUCAGUCAGUCCGGUAGCCGAGACUGCGCCACGUAGCAACGCAGCUGUUACCCGCCGCAUGACGACGGCCCGUGCUCCUCGUCGUUGA